AUGAGAUGUGAUGCAAGACUAACACAUGCAAGAUUUUUGCCAUAUGAUGUAAGAUAUCCAAUUAUAUUAUUACUGCGUAAAAGUCCUGUAACCAGAUUGCAUGUAAAGUGCUUCCAUGAAGAAGGGAAUCAUUAUGGUACAAACCAAAGAUUGGCAGCAAUGUCUUCGAGAUACUGGUUAAUUGGCGGUCGUGAAGAAAUCAGAGAUUGGGAGAACAGAUGUAGUAAAUGCAAGAAACUAAAAGCACAAGCAUUGAAACAGAUAAUGGCUCCAUUGCCACCGAUCAGAUUAAAGAAAUCGAUGAGAGCCUUCACAUAUAGUUCCGUAGAUUAUGCAGGACCAUUUUUAACAAAACAAGGUCGUAGAAAAGCAAGACAGAAGAGAUACCUACGUCUGUUUACAUGUCGUUCUUCAAGGGCGGUGCAUUUAGAGAUGGCGUUUGGAUUGGACACUGACUCAUUUUUGAACGCGUUCUAUAGAAUAUCGAGUAGAAGAGGUCUUCCAGAAAAAGUGUAUUCAGAUAACGGAACUAACUUUAUAGAGGCUUAUAAGGAGUUAUUAGAAUUAUACAAUCAGAUGGACAAACAAAAAAUCAUCGAAAAAGGAAAUAGUCACAGAGUUAAAUGGCACUUCAAUCCACCGCAAGCGCCACAUUUCGGUAAACUUCAUGAAAGUAUGGUCAAAAGUGCAAAAAGAGCUAUCUACGCGGUGCUAAAAAGUGCUGAUGUAACUGACAAAGACCUUCUUACAGCCAUAACUGGAACAGAAGGACAAAUUAACAGUCGCCCAAUAUCAUAUCAAAAGUCAAAUCAAAAGGAUGGCACUGUUUUAACUCCUAACCAUGUCAUUCACGGACAGAAAGGAGGACAGUUUGCACCGGAAGCAGUUGACAGUACAGUAUUCAAUGUAAAAAUCGCGUUGGCGAUAUGUACAGGAAAUAGUAAAACAUUUCUGGCACAGAUGGUUACGAGGAUUCGUACCAAGUUUAAGUAG